UGAAUAAAAGUAUAAAAGCAGAGCCGAAGAAGUUGUCAGCUCAUAUACCUUCAGGAUCUGGCCUUAAGGAUCACCGAGAGCUCAGAGAAACCAUUAUCAUCACUGCCAGCGGCGCCUCAGGGUGGGGACGAGGAGAACUUUGAUACUUUUCAGUUGCGGGCAAAAAAAAAGCCAUGAAGUCGACAUGCCUCUUCGUCCUGGCAUCUUUUGUGAUCUGCAGCUUGGCGGUGUCUGACGGACAGGGUCUUCCUGCUGAGGAUGAGAUGGACCGAAGUACCACCAUAGACAACAUCAUGCUGCAGAAAGCACAGAGCCUCCUGUUACGGUCCAUUCUCAAAAAGCUGCAGGAUGAAGACGGCAGAAAUGAUGGGAUUUUCUCACAGCCGGAAUGGGUGACAAAAAGACAGCAUCCCGGUAAGAGGUACUUCGAGGAUCUGGAGAAGCGGCAGCAUCCAGGCAGAAGAGAAGGGGGCGACGACGAGCAGUUCUGGGAUGUGCAAAAGAGACAGCACCCCGGCAAACGCGAAGAUGAAAUUCAUUCCUUCAUGGAGUUCCAGAAGAGGCAGCAUCCAGGGAAACGCUCCACCGCGGGACACAUUCCUGACAGCCCUAUCGCGCUGCUCAAUGAACUUUCCAAGCGCCAGCACCCGGGCAAGCGUUACCUGGUACUGCACAGCAAGCGCCAACACCCGGGUAAGCGUUUUCUCGACGAUGAGGACGGCGAAGCAGACUGGACUGAGGACGGAGUGGAAGAUAUGUCCGAGCUGGAAAAGCGUCAGCACCCAGGAAAACGCUUUUGGGAUAACUCCAGUCCGGAAUUAAGCACCAGCAGUCCGUGUGAUGUUUUGGACCCUGACAGCUGCAGUAAGACCAGUCUGCUGCUCGACUUUCUGGAAAACAUCAACAAAAGUCACGCCGAAGAGAAGAGACAACACCCGGGAAAAAGGUUUGCACCAAAGGAAGAUUUGGAGGAAGGAGAGUAGGAAAAAUAAACAGCUGUUCUGCCUUAUUAUGAACCAACGCAUAUAUAAACCAAGUGAUCAGAAUGAAAUACGAAAAGUGGAAAAAUAUUUUAAUUAUUUAACCUUCUGAGCCAUUUUUUCUUUGGCACACAGUUUGUAACAUUAACGCAUAGUAUUAAUCUGAAACUCUUUGGAGCGCUUGUGCGUAAUUAUUCUCCAAAUCUUUGAACUUUGCUGUAAAUACAGAUUUAGAAAGAAGGGGUAUGCUAAUCGACAUCUGAUAUUUUUUCAGUUAUGUUAGGGUUCAUUAUGUUCACUAGAAUAUUUAUGGCUUAUUUAAAUCGUAGGGUUAUAUUUACUGGCAUCAGCAAUGUUGCCUCUGUGAGGUAACACAUCUUUGGCACAUACCUGAUUCCAGAAAUAAUGAAAACUGCCUUGCUUGCAUCCAAUAAAUGUCUUGACUGAUUGAUUUGUGUUUUAUUUUCUACUUAUGUAAGAUAUAAAGAAUUCUACUGCAAA